AUGGGUAAAUAUAAAUCAAAGAGUCAAUACAAUUCACAUUCAUCUAAAUCAUUAUCAAUACAUUCAAAUAAGCAAUUACCACUAUUAUUCCAUCAGUCAUAUUCAUUACCACCUACUCAAAAAACAAUAAUCAAGUCUGAAUCAGAUUCAAUUAAAAGUUCAUAUGAAGUAUCAUAUAUUUCAGAUAGUGAAGAAGAAUUAGAACCAAUAACUUUAGAAUCAAUUAGAAAAAAUAGUUUUGAUAUUCCUCUUGCUUCAUUUAUUACUAAUGAUGACAUACAACAUCAAAAUUUUGCAUUAAUUUCAAAUUCAAAUUUAAUAAUUCAAGAUUUUAAAUUCACUAGUUUUAAUAAAUUAAGUAGUGAUAAUAUUAAACCAGAAGAUUUUGGUGUUGGUAAUAAUAAUAUAGCUGGAAAUUUUUAUACUUCACAACCGGUAAUUUCAGAUGGAGAUACAUCAGUAGAUUCGAUUCAAGAAGAUGAUGAUGUAAUUUUACUAAGUGAUGAUACUGGCUAUAAUUCAGAUAUGGAAAGAUGUAUAGCUGAUAAUGAUGAUACUGUGGAAAUAGAUAAAAGAGAUAUAUUAGGUUUGGGUCAAAAUAUUGAUUUUAAAAAUGAUGAAAUUUUAAAAUGUUCAACUCAAUGUGAUGCUGAUGAAUUUGUAGAUAAUGGAGUAGUUUCAAAAGAAUCGAUAGCAAGAAUUGGAUCGAAGACUCCAGUCUUAUCAUCUGAAGAUCCACAAGAUUCAUUAAGAUUAGGGUCUAAAACUCCAAUUUUAUCAUCUGAUGAUAAACAAGAUGAUUUAUUGCCUAAAACUGAUGGAGUUAAUUUUUCAUCUGAUGAUAGACCAAAAUCAUCAUCAACUUCAGCUACUAUAGUGUCUUCAAAUCAUGGUAAUGAAAAUAAAGAAAAUGAAACAACACUGAAGAAAGCUAAAGUUGGACCACGAAAAAGAAUUCAACUGAAACCAUUAUCUCAAUUAUGUACUAAUGGGCCAAGAGUUGGAUUAUCAAAAAGAGUUAGAAUUGAUUCAUUACACAAUAUAAAGAAAAAACCAAAAUUAAAUUGA